UCGCGAGAGCUGCUGCUGUGGGGGACGGGCGGUGUGCGGCAGCGCGGCUCCGGACCGGCGGCAGGACAGUACCUCGCCUUCAGCAGCCAUGUCGGACUGGCGCGCACACUAUCACAAUGAGGAUGAGGAGGAUCAGGAUGAGGCUGAGGAGAAUGAAGAGGAUGUUAAGUUCACAGGAAGGGACAGUUUAAUCUUCCUCAUUGAUGCCUCGGAAAGCAUGUUUGAAGUGAACAGUGAAACAGAAAUUUCACCGUUUGACAUGACUAUUCAGUGUGUUCACAAGGUUUACACCAGUAAAAUCAUCAGCAGUGACCGUGACCUCCUGGCUGUCGUCUUCUUCGGGACUCAAAAGCACAAGAACUCCGUUGACUUCAAGCAUGUUUAUGUUCUCCAUGACCUGGACUCUCCAGGUGCUAAGCGAGUGCUGGAACUGGACAGGUAUCAAGGGGAGAAGGGUUACAAGCUCUUCAAGGAGGACUUGGGCCACAGCUGGGACGGCUCUUUGGGUGACGCGCUGUGGGUCUGUUCCAAUCUCUUCAGUGACAUCAGACUCAAGCUGAGCCACAAGCGCAUCAUGUUGUUCACUAACAAUGACAACCCUCAUGCCAACGACAGCUCCAAAGCACGCAUGGCCAGAACCAAGGCCAACGAUCUCCGAGAGACAGGUAUCAUCCUAGACCUAAUGCAUCUGUGGAAGUCUGGUGGGUUUGAUAUCUCUCUCUUCUACCGUGACAUUGUGAGCCUGUCGGAGGAUGAAGAUGUGGGCAUGCAGCUCAAGGAAUCGGCCAAAUUGGAUGAUCUGCUUCGGAAAGUCUGGGCCAAGGACUACAAGAAAAGAGUGGUCUCCAGGAUGAACCUGAACCUGGGAGGAGGUGUGGAGCUCUCGGUCGGUGUGUACAACCUCAUCCACAGUGCCAGGAGACCCGCUGCAAUCCGCCUCUACCGAGAAACCAACGAGCCCGUCAAAAUCAAAACCCGCUGGUUCAACGGGGAGACUGGCAGCCUUCUGUUGCCCAGUGACACCAAAAAGGCCCAGGUGUAUGGGCAGCGACAGAUUGUGUUGGAGAAGGAAGAAACAGAGGAGCUGAGGAGGUUUGAUAAUCCCAGCUUGGUUCUCAUUGGCUUCAAGCCACUGUCUCUGCUGAAGAAGCACCACCACAUCCGGCCCUCGCAGUUCAUUUAUCCUGAGGAGGAGCUCAUAGCAGGAAGCACUACUCUGUUCCGCGCAUUGCUGACCAAGUGCCUGGAGAGGAAUGUGUGCAUCAUAUGUCGGUACACACCCCGGAGGAACACCCCGCCCCGAUUUGUGGCAAUGGUCCCACAAGAGGAGCAGCUGGACAGUCAGGGAAUGCAGACCAUGCCUUCAGGAUUCCACCUGAUCUUCUUGCCAUUUGCAGAUGACAUCAGGAAGAUCAGUUUUACAGGGAAGGUAGUGGCUGAUCGAGAUCAGAUCGAGAAGAUGAAAAGAGUGGUGCAGAAACUCAAGUUCAAGUACAGGCCCGACAGCUUCGAGAACCCUGUGAUUCAGAAGCACUUCCGCAAUCUGGAGGCACUGGCCCUCGAUCUGAAGGAACCGGAAGAAAUGGAGGACCUGACACUGGCAAAGAAUGAUGUGAUAGAUGGGAGGAUCGAGCAAUUGGCUGAGGAGUUCACAAGCCUGGUCUAUCCUCCUGACUACAACCCGGAUGCCAAGGGCCCGCAGAAGAGGAAGCUAGACGAGUCGGCCGGUAGGGCAGAGAAGAAGGCAAAGGUGGAGGUGCUGGUGGGGGAGGACGAGAUCAGGCAGCACCUGCGGAGUGGGACCCUGGGUAAGCUGACGGUGCCCAUGCUGAAGGAGGUCUGCAAGCAGUACGGUCUGAAGGGCAGCAAGAAGCAGGAGCUGCUGGACGCCAUCACCAGCUACUUCUCCAAGCACUGAGAGCCGAGGCACUCACCACCCAGGCUUGUCGGAGCAGCACACAGAGGGCUGGACGAAUACGCACUGACCCACAGAUCCACUAACCUGGAGCCCAGGCUCCACUGCUUGCUGCUGGCAGAGCUUCAUUCCAGGCUAUUUUUGUACUAUUUUUGACAAGAUUAUUUUAGAGUUUGUUUUGUAUAAUCACCUGUAACCAACAGCGAAUAAAACCCUCUAUUUAGGAA